AUGGGCACAACAACCAGGUCCGCGACCGGGCGGCCAUUUUUCAGAUUUUUGAGCAAUGCAAAGCUCAAAUUGCUUGCAGUCUUCCUCACUGUAUCCACUAUCCUCUUGCUCACAUUGUAUUCUGGGAAUUUGUCUGGAAUCACCACCGCAAGGGUGAAAGAUAAUAUAUCAAAUCAGACGGACUAUUGGACAUGGGAAACGAGAACUCAAUUCCGGAACAUACCUCUCAACAAGAAAAACAAUAACCAACAAGGCGAGACAGCAUGCAAUUCGUUUCCUUCGGACGUCCUAUCGCGCGUUCAGAUUGUCCUGAAAACCAGCGCCACCGAAAAUGCGAACCGAGUGAACACACACCUGACCUCCGUAACCCGCUGCAUCUCGAAUCUCCUCGUGGUUUCAGACCUGGAAACUGAAGUCCUAGGCCAUAAAGUGUACGAUAUUCUGGCCGAUAUUUCGCCCUCUGCCCGCCAGAACAUUCCCGAGUUCACAGGAUACGAUGCGCUACAAAACGGCACGACCGAUAUCGAUGGUGCAGCGGGGUGGAGACUAGAUCGAUUCAAGUUUUUGCCCAUGAUUGAACGUGCGAAGAAAGUGAAUCCCACUGCAGAGUGGUAUGUCUUCCUCGAGACGGAUACAUACUUUGUUUGGGAUAAUCUGUUCCGCAUGCUGGAGCAGUUUGAUCCUUCGGUGCCUUUAUAUAUGGGCUCUCCUGCACCAGGUCGAGCCCUCGAAGGUGGAGGAGUGAUCUGGUUUGCCUACGGUGGCUCCGGCUUUGUGCUCUCCAGAGCGGCAGUCGAUAGACUGGUAGCCCGGGACGUUGGCAGAUAUGGACAAUUUGUUGGUCCGUCCGUUAGUGAUCAAUAUUUGCAGGUUGUUACCGACGACUGCUGUGGUGACUCUGUACUGGGCACUGCGCUAUAUGAGAAAGGCAUCAAGUUGUCAGGGAUGUGGCCCAUGUUCAAUGCGCAUCCGUUGGAUUCAAUUCCUUUCGGCAACGAUAAUCACUGGUGUCAGCCUGUGAUUAGCAUGCACAAAUCGCUCUUGUCAGAUAUGGAUGGGCUGGCCAAAUGGGAGAAUGGACGGAAUCGAACGUAUCCUCUGCUAUACGCGGAUUUGAUCAACUAUCACCAACUAGGAGAUCUACCAGAAAAGAGGGGUUGGGAUAAUGGUGAUUGGGGCGGGUUCAUCGAACCUCCUGAUACUCUGCCACAACACCAAUCAUUAGACGCAUGCCGGCAAGCAUGUCACGACAAGGACUGGUGUAUGGCAUUUACCUAUGAUAAUAAGGGAGCUUGUGUGUUUCAACGCAGCAUGCGGCUUGGUUCUAGUAAGCCCGAUCUUGUCGACCAGUUCACAGCUGGAUGGGACAACGAGAAGAUCAAGAAAUGGCGGUCAUCGAAUCUGUGCGAAAGCCCUCAAUGGAUGAAGCCAAGUUUGACGCGCAUUUUCUGA